AACCCCCCCCCCUUCUCCCCCCCCCAAAAGGGGGAAAAAAAAAAAAAAAAAAACCCCAAGAGGCGAUCGAGAACCUUUCCCGUGAAAAAGAUCCACAGUACUAACAUCCCCUUCCUCUGAAACCUCACCAUCCCCAAAUAUUCAACCUUCACAUGGAGGAAGGGAGAGAAAGAGACAGAAACAACCCACAAUUCAAAGCCUCAGCUUAGAGACCAGAAAGAGAAAAAAAAAAACCCAUAUAUAAUAUAUAUACCCAGUUGAAAAUAUUUUAGCAUAACUGCCAAAACAAAGAGACAAUGGAUUCAGCUUCAGGGGGAACCGGACCACCCGACCCGAAUACCAGCGGAGGAGAGGGACCAUCAUCGGCAGCAACCGGGUCGAUAGCCGCGGCCGCCGCCGGGGCCGCCGUUCCAGCCACCGUGGCCCAGGGCCCAGAGUCUCGAGCGCCGCGGCGGCGAGAGUCGCAGAAGCGGCGGGACUGGAACACCUUCCUGCAGUACCUCAAGAACCACAAGCCGCCGCUGACGCUGGCUCGGUGCAGUGGGGCCCACGUGAUCGAGUUCCUCAAGUACCUCGACCAGUUCGGGAAGACCAAGGUCCACGCCGCCGGCUGCCCCUACUUCGGGCACCCCAACCCCCCUGCCCCCUGCGCCUGCCCGCUCAAGCAGGCCUGGGGCAGCCUCGACGCGCUCAUCGGACGACUCAGAGCCGCCUACGAGGAGAACGGUGGACGGCCCGAGUCGAAUCCGUUCGGGGCUCGGGCCGUCAGGAUUUACUUGAGGGAGGUGAGAGAAAGUCAGGCCAAGGCUAGGGGGAUUCCGUACGAGAAAAAGAAACGGAAACGGCCGACCGUUACGGCCACCGCGGUUGUCGGGAAUGUGUCGGCGGGUCCCUCUCAAGGAGGAGGCGAUGGCGAUGUCGGUGGUGGUGAUGGCGGCGGUGGUUCAAGUACCACUGCUGCUGAUGCUGCUACUACUAGUACGGCAGUAUAGGAGGUUCUCUCAUCACCAAUUUUCACCCUUCACCCCUCUCUUUUUUCUUUUUUAAUUUUUUAAUUUUGGUCUUUUAUAAUUAUAUCUUCUCUCUGUUUUUAAUUGUGAUUAUGAGGUAUGUAUAUCAGGCGAUUCUCUGAUAUAAUUGAAUCGACCAACCCAUGAACAAAUUUUUUAGAAAUUUCCCACCAUCUCGUGCUAGUUAA